AUGUCUGCCAAGGUCCCGCGCAACUUCCGUCUGUUGGAGGAGCUCGAAAAGGGCGAAAAGGGUCUCGGAGCUGAAGCCUGCAGCUAUGGCUUGGAAGACGGAGAGGACUUGCUCAUGUCCAACUGGAACGGAACCAUCCUGGGACCUCCUCAUUCCGCCCACGAGAACCGCAUCUACAGCCUCAAAAUGCACUGCGGCGAAAAGUACCCCGACGAGCCCCCGUCCAUCCAAUUCGUCAGCCAGGUCAACCUCCCCUGCGUCAACCCCCAGAACGGCGUCGUCGACCCCAGGCAGCUGCCUUGCCUGGCCCAGUGGAAGCGCGAAAACACCAUGGAGAUGGUCUUGAUUGAGCUGCGAAGAUAUAUGGCUGCUCCCGCCAACAAGAAGAUCCCCCAGCCCCCCGAAGGUUCUACAUACUCAUAA